UCUAUUCAUUUCAUACACUUUACAUAGACACUUAUACUCCAAAAUACUCAACAUUAACAUCACCAUCUCCUCCAUGGAACCUCCAAAUCCACCUCCACCUCCACCAACCACCACCAGCACCACCCACAUAGUAGCCGUACCAUACCCAGGUCGAGGCCACAUCAACCCAAUGAUGAACCUAUGCAAACUCCUCAUCUCCAACAACCCCAACAUCGUUGUUACCUUUGUUGUCACAGAAGAAUGGCUCACCAUCAUCAACUCCGACUCACCAAAACCAAACAACAAAAACAUCAAAUUUGCCACCAUUCCAAACGUAAUUCCCUCCGAAGAAGGUCGAGGAAAAGAUUUUCUUAAUUUUCUCGAAGCUGUUGUGACCAAAAUGGAAGACCCGUUUGAGAAACUACUUGAUUCACUUGAGACAGCACCGAAUGUGAUUAUACAUGAUAGUUAUUUGUUUUGGGUUAUAAGAGUUGCCAAUAAGAGAAAUGUUCCUGUUGCGUCGUUUUGGCCUAUGUCGGCGUCGUUUUUUCUUGUUCUUAAACAUUAUCGUCGUUUGGAGGAACAUGGUCAUUACCCGGUAAAUGCUUCAGAAGUUGGUGACAAACGUGUGGAUUACAUUCCGGGGAACUCAUCAAUUCGUCUCCAAGAUUUUCCACUUCAUGAUGCAAGCUUACGCAGCCGUAGAUUGUUAGAGUUAGCUUUGAAUAACAUGCCAUGGAUGAAGAAAGCACAAUAUCUAUUAUUCCCUUCCAUAUAUGAAAUUGAGCCUCAAGCAAUUGAUGUUUUAAGAGAAGAAUUUUCUAUACCAAUUUACACAAUUGGACCUACCAUACCUUAUUUUAGUCACAACCAAAUUGCCUCUCUAAGCACCAAUCAAGAUGUUGAACUUGAUUAUAUAAAUUGGCUAGAUAAUCAACCCAUUGGUUCUGUUCUAUAUGUCUCACAAGGGAGUUUUCUUACAGUUUCAAGCGAACAGAUCGAUGAAAUUGCGAAUGGUUUGUGCGAAAGUGGUGUUAGAUUCUUGUGGAUAAUGCGAGGAGAAAGUUCUAAGUGGAAAGAUAUUUGUGGGGAAAAAGGGUUUGUUUUGCCAUGGUGUGACCAAUUGAGAGUGUUGAUGCAUAGUGCUAUAGGUGGUUUUUGGUCACAUUGUGGGUGGAAUUCAACUAGAGAAGGUUUGUUUUGUGGUGUGCCUUUUCUUACAUCUCCAAUAAUGAUGGAUCAACCUUUGAAUAGUAAGUAUAUAGUUGAGGAUUGGAAGGUUGGGUGGAGAGUGGAAAAGAAGGUUAAAGAUGAUGUUUUGAUAAGAAGAGAUGAAAUUGCUAGGCUUGUUAGAAGAUUUAUGGAUUUGGGUGAUGAUGAAGUGAAGGAAAUGAGGAAAAGAGCAAGAGAGCUUCAACAAAUAUGCCAAAGUGCUAUUGCAAGUGGAGGGUCAUCCGAAAAUAAUAUGAAAGCCUUUCUUGGUAAUAUAUUACAUGGAUCCAAACAAUAGAGUAAACUAUAUUGUAUUAUUUUAAUCCUCCCUUAUAGUAUCUUAGCUUCUACUUAGAAUUCAUUUUCUAGUUCAUCAUUAGAGUUUGUCAUUGUGCAAAACAAGUAUUUCAACAAGUAAUGGUUCGUUCUAUAAAUAUAUGAGAUAAAUAAUUGAGUUCAUUCUAUUCGGAGUUCUAAGGAGUUUAUAUCUUGAAGUGAAAAUUGAAUGUUGCAUUAAAAUGUAUGUAAAUCUGUUAGAUGGACAGACACGAUGAUAGACCAAUCUUCUUUUGUAGCUAGUAAAUCCAUAAAUGGAAAUAUUUGCAAGGGUAAUUCUUCAAGAUUAAAGGCUUUCGAAUUAAGAUGUGAUGCUUCUGGAGGGAUCUUGGGAAGAGACUUCGGCAUGUUCAUCCUCUAAACCUUCAUCUUUCUUGGACUGUGAAGGGGAUUUGAUAGUUAAAAUAGUUUGGGGUAAGAGAUAAGACCAUAUGCAAUGGCCAAUUUAAUGAAGCAUUCAACACCAAUUUCCUUUGCAAUGGUGUGUUU